AUGAAGAAAUCUUGUUUAGCUGUUGUUAUAGAUUUUGAAAUAAGAAUAUGCUAAGAUUGUAAAAAGGCCAUAAAGUAUGCAGAAAAUAUCAAUCAAGCUAGAGUCAAAAUAACCUUGAAUAAGUCCUAGAACCAAAACAAAAAUGUUAUUUGA